GGAGCGUAGCAGCGGCGGUGGCGGCUUCUUUUCUACGCGCCCGCCGUGGCUUGGGCAUGCAGUGCCCCCCUUAGGGAUUCCACGGUAAACGCCGGCGGGGAUCUGUCGAGUUCAGCCACACCGGCCAGAGCAUCGCCAGUCUAGGUGGCCAUCUCAACAGUCGUGGGGAUUUAUACACAGAGCGCCCCACAGAUAACGUAAGCCACCCCAGGUCCUACACCCACUGUGCAGAAGAUGGGUAAUGGAGGUUUAGCCAUGGGUGAAAGUGGAGACAGAGGGGAAAACUGCUUCAGGGCCCCACAAGCCUGAGGGUCACCAAGUCUUAGGGGAAAAGCUGCUCUCAUUACUGACAACCCUAACAGAGUCCUGUCCCUUUAAGAGGCUUGGGAGAAAGGCUGUUGCUAUAGAAACCAGUGGCUACAUUGCAGCCUCACUGUAGAAGGAAAGAAAACACAAAUUCCUCCCCCACCCCCAACGACUUGUGCCUCCCUUCCACAUUCAUCUGGCUCAAAGUCUUGAAGUUCUCAUCUUUCCACAAUGCAAAAGAAGACCUCAAAAGAUGUGAUAGAAGAGACACCAGUACAGAAAAUUCCAGCUGCCAGCAAGGGGGCAGUGGAAUUCCUCUCCCUCAUUGAAGCAAAAGAGAUCAAGCCCUGCCUGUUUGAGGAAUCAUUGGUUGCCAUUUCCGAGAGUGGACAGACUGUAGGAACAUUCUCCAUCUCGGUUGAGUGGGCCUGCUAUUCACUGGAUGGCUGGCAGGAAGAAGACUGUUACCUGGUCCGCGCAAGCAGCAAGGGGACCAUCGAUGGCAUACCUUGCACGACCUCCAUUACAGGAUAUAUAACAAAGAGACUAGAGACUGUGGAGCAGCACACAAAGGAAAGUAUGAGGUUUAAGGAGCAUCCAGUGGAAACUAGGACCCAUGUGGUGAAACGCCAAGGCCAGCUUUUCGUGAGCAAAACCAUCGUGGAAAGAGAUGAAGAGAUCCAUGUUGACACAUUUUCAUAUAAAUGUGCACUCCUUGAAGGUCUAGUCUCAGAAUCUGCCAACCUCUUGAUGCUGCGGGUGAUGGCCAGGCGGCAAGCUGUACCACAGGAUGCCAUUUUCCUCUCAUUUGACAUUGACCAGCACAUCUGUACCUCCACCUAUAAUGCCCUGGGUUUCCAGAAGCAGCAAGUGGGCAAAGAGGAGGUGGAGGUGUUUGUGAUCGAGAGAGCCGUGCACCCUGUGGAUGCGGUCCCACUGACCUGGCAGUUCUACUUGCUGUCAGACGGGCAUUUAUCACGUCGUGUCCAGGUUGGAUCCCCAGCCACCAUGGUGAUCCUGCAGAUGCCCAUUCUGAUUGACACAGAUGAACCAGACCCUCGCCCGGUCUUUGAAAAAAUCCCCCUCGACUGGGAAGAGGACGUGGAGCUGUAUUCCAGGUUCUUAGAUAGAAAGGAGGAGCUCCAAGCAAGCCAUGCCACCUAUGUGCGGCACCAUCCAGAGCUCAGUGCCCUGCUGGCAGACUUCCUACAGCUGCUACUCCUUCGCAAGCCGGAUGAUGUGGUCACCUUUGCCGCCGAGUUCUUUGCCCCCUUUUCAGCCCAGAACCCGCCAUGCAGGUCUUUUCAGUCAUCUGACAAGCCCAGCCCCUUUCGCAACCAUGUCUAAAUUAGUCCAAGGGAAUAAUAAAGAUCCAGGGAAUGACUCUGCAUCUUUUGGGAGCUGUUUCUGGAAGCUUCUGGGAGGCUCAUUGUCUGGAGGGGUGGAUGUCUACUCUUGUACCGUCGGUGGCUGUACUGUCUCUUGAAUGAUAUUGGAGCAUUGCUAUGAGUAGAAACUGCUAGGAUUUCCAUUCAGGACACGGCUGAACUGCUGACGCUACAAGAGGAGAAGUGGCGGAAAACCUCUGGAAUGUGGCACCUUUUAACAUCCAAAUAUACAUACUUUGAGUUGUGGAACUGCUAAUGGCUGUGGAAGGUGGAUCACUAGCCCCAAUUCAGAUGUACUGACAAACCAUGGUUGGAUCUGAGAAACUGAGGCUUGUUGCAAACGACAGCCAGAAAAUUUUCAUCUCCUCCCCUCUCACAUUAAAGGGGAGAAGAAGCAAGAGUGUGCAGGCCUGAGGCUCACACUGGCUCAUUCUUGUAAAGACAAACCAUGGUUUGUCGUUCCAUCAGGAUUGAGCCACUGUGUUUUGUUUAUCUUGGGGAUAAGAUAUAGUCUUAUCCCUAGGAUCGAGCUUAGAGAAAACUACUUCUGUGCAGGUACUGGCUGUGCAGUGUGCUCAUUGGCUGGGGGCAUUGAAUGCAACCACUCAUCACUUCAUCACAUCUGUUGAAAACAUUGCAAAAUUAGAGCCUCGCUUUGGCAAGUCCUCUUUUCCCCCCAGGUAUAUCUGUACUAAGGAUCCCGGUGUUUUGAAACAUGUAAAUAGCAAGCUUCCUUUUAACAUAAUUUUAGUUUUUUAAAACAUGUAUUAGAUGUUGUAGCAUUUUUUUAAAAAUGCAUCAUUUACUGUAACUUAAAAUCUUUUCAAAAUAAAAAGGGGUCCAAACCUUUCUGCCGGAAAAGAUCAACAUUUUACAGAGCCAGAUACACUCUCUUGGCAUGCACUCUUCACGAAUAGGAGCAAUGUGCUGUUUGGAACAGCUGUACAAGCCCAUUUGCCUUGGAUAAGUGGGACUUUUAAUAUUUUGUCCCUGUUACAAACUGUGCAGACAGUUGUUAAUUGUCCCCACAACAUAAGUCCUUUUAGCGCAGCAUUUCGUCCAGCUGCUCACAGGAGCUGAUCAAUGAUAGUCUUAUCUCUUUCGGUGCAGAGGAUGAGCAGUGUGUGUGUGUGUAAGCAUGUAAACAUCCCACCCAUCUGUACUUACUUUGGCUUCUCUACUUGUGAUGAAAUAAACACACCACGUUUUAGUAA